UCCAAAAGUUUCACCGCCCCCUCUCUCUCUCUAUCUAUCUCAUUCCCCCCACAAUCAUUUGCACCACCCCUUGCUUUCUCUCUCAUCGUCUUGGCCUCCCUCUCUCUUCCUUCUCUCUCUAAUGACUAUUUAACAUGCAGCCUUUUGUUUUGCAGCUACCUGCCUGCAUAUAAUUCUGUUGCCUUCUCUCUCCUUUAGAUUGGCUCCCUCCUCAUCGCCAUCAUCAUCACCUCCACUCCAUCUCCUCGCCAUCACGCCUGCCUCCUCCUCUUCUUCCUCCUUUUGCACCGCUACAAAAGAGCGAGAGCGCACUGCUUGCAAGCUAGCUUCUGUUCAUCGCAAUUCACACGAAGACCCUGAUCUCGACCUAGCUAGAUAGCUAGUUCUUGCAGGCGUCUCGACUUCAGUGUGCUAGAUUUCACUCGAUGGGCGUCGAGCUCGACCUCUCUGAAUUGGCCGUGCUCCGGCCGAUCCAGACCUCAGCGAGCAGCGGGGGCGCCGCCACGGCUCGGCGUGGCAACGACGACCUGGACGCCGCCGACACAGGCUGCGUCACGCCGACGGCCGUGAGCUCCCUGUUGCCGCGGCAAGUAGGCUUCGGCAUCGACGUCGUCGAGUCCGUCUUCAGCACGCCGACAUCGUCCCCGUGCUUACUGCGGCCGGCCACGGUGUGCCCUCCGGCGCCGCUGAAGCCGGCGAGGUCGCCCGCCGCCACCGCCAAGAGGAAGCGCUGCUGCGACCGCCCGGGGCUGCAGCGGCCCUUCUUCCCCGUGCCGCAGGACCUCUCCACGGUGUUCGUGCCGCGCGGCCCAGCGGACAGGUCGCCGCCGCCACGGGCGGCCAAGAAGAUCCGCCGCCUGUUCGUCGUGGGGUGAAGCGGCGGCGACGUCGCUCGUCAGACAGAAUGCAUGCCACGGGCCAUGCUUUCCUCAUCCAGUGCUGAUCGAUCCCCUCGUCGCCUCGCGCGCGGCCUGGCUACCUCUCUCUCCGUUCCGGCGGUCGGCGGCGCGCCAUUGGCCAUCUGCUGCAAGCGGGAUCGAGGACAAUUUCUUGGCUUCUUCAAAGCACAGAAGACACCAUGGCAAUGCGCCUAUGUUUCGUCAGAUCUUGCCGAUCGAGUGUGUGCGUGCGUGCAGUGUGCGCUUCGUGGAUCAUUCGAGUCUGAAUAAUCGAAUUGUAAAUAUGCUACAUUUGUGGGCUGCGCACAGUUGUUUUCACGCAACGCGGGGUAUAAAGAGUUAAAGGCCAUAAUUUCUGGGAAUUCACUGCAAAUUCUCUGUUGCAAAUGGAUACGAAUUCUCCUGCCCCUUUUCAGAAAUCGCUGUAAAUGGUCUGCGCCAGAAGCUGUAAAUUUCUCUGAAUGUGUGAUCUUGGUUGUUCUGCUGUCCUCUGCACA